UCUGUUAUACUUUGUGCGUCCCUCUAUUACUGCUGCAAGAAUUUAAAUCAUUCAUUUUCCGUCCAUACAACUAAACUUUUGAAUUCCUAUUCAACUUUUUGUGUGAGCCUUAAACAAUGCUGCUCAUCGUUUAAUGAAUGUGUGCGGAUGUAGUGCACGUGUGUGUGUGGAAGGCUGCGAUGCCGCUGGAGGUCAAGUGGCCGUUCCCACAAUGCCCGACGUUGGCAUGGAGGCUCUCCGGUUCGCUCAUCAUGGGCAUGAGCACAUGAAUUGCCUGACGGUCCACAACCGUGAGGUUCUAUUGGAACUCAUCGACCAGCGGCCGGCUGACACGCCCCUCAUCACACUUUCCAAUCACCAGUCUUGUAUGGACGACCCGCACAUCUGGGGUGUCCUUAAGCUCAAACAAUUGUGGAACUUUAAGAAGAUGCGAUGGACUCCGACGGCAUCGGACAUCUGCUUCACAAGAGAGUUGCACUCUCGAUUCUUCAGCCGAGGAAAAUGCGUGCCAGUCUGUAGAGGUGAUGGUGUUUACCAGAAAGGGAUGGAUUUUAUUCUGGAGAAGUUGAACGGAGGGGAGUGGGUGCACAUUUUUCCUGAAGGUAAAAUCAACACAAGUGAAGAAUUCAUCAGGUUAAAAUGGGGUGUGGGACGCCUUCUAGCCGAGUGCACCCUCAAUCCCGUCAUCCUGCCACUGUGGCAUGUGGGCCUGAGUGAUGUCCUUCCCAAUGUGAGCCCCUACAUCCCUCGGAUUGGCAAGAAAAUUACCAUCCUCGUGGGAAAACCCUUCGGUGUCAAAGACCUCGUGGAAAAGCUCAGAGCAGACAACAAGAGCCAGUUGGAGAUGAGGAAGAUGCUGACCGACCUCAUCCAAGUGGACUUCCAGAGACUCAAAGUUCAAGCUGAGGCACUUCACAAAUCCUGAGCCUGGUAGACAAGGGUCAGGCCAGACAAAGGACACGCGGAAGGCCAUUUUGUGCAGGAGUGUGCCGGAGCAAGUGGAAAACAUUUUUAUCACAGGACGCAGUGUGUGACCGGAACUCCUUUCAAAUCUUUUAAAACAUGCUGAAUGAGGCUGAGCAUGAACUGACUGAACAUCACAAAUGAUGUAUUUUUCCUUUAAUGGUAUUUUUACCAUUUUAUGGUUGAAUUCUAUUCUAUCUUAUUGCAUCUUUCCAUGUAUCAUUAUUUUUUUAGCUCAGUGCACAUUUGUUAUCCUGUAAAAAAAAAAAAAAUCUCUGGCUCCUCUUUGGCCUAACCAUUACCGCUCAGUGUCAAUGUCAAUAAAGUUUUCUAUAUGCGGACCCUUU